AAGGAGAGUAUAUAUAUAAUCUCGUAAUAAACAACCCUGUCUCCUCCUCCACUAAACAACAACCCUUAUAUUAUAUUUCGCUUUGGAAAAACCCUAAAAAAGAAAAAGACAAAAACAAUGGAAGACGAAGAAGCAAGAGCUUCGGUCGACAUAUGGAGAUAUGCGUACGGAUUCCCUGAAAUGACCGUGGUGAAGUGUGCGAUCGAACUCAAGAUACCAGAAGCUGUCGAGAGCCAUACGUCACAGCCCGUGACUUUAGCCGAACUCGCCACCGCCGUCGAUUGCUCUCCGCCGCUCCUCGGCCGCAUCAUGAGGUUUCUUGUCCACCAAGGCAUCUUCAAAGAAGUUCUUACAAAAGAUGGCCUUGUCGGAUACUCAAACACACCUCUCUCUCGUCGAAUGAUGAUCUCCAACCCGCACGACAAAUCACUGGCUGCUUUUAUUCUCAUGGACAACAACCCCGUCAUGCGAGCGCCGUGGCUGAAGCUGACUUCCCUUAUCUCUAACUCCUCCGACGAGGGCUCUCAGCCCUUCGAGGCAGUCUACGGGAAGGAUAUAUGGGCCUACGGUGCAGAGGAUCCGAGCCACAACGAGAUUUUCAACGACACGAUGGCUUGUGAUACAAGGCGCGUGGUCCCUGCUGUCGCCCGGGCGUGUGCUGACGUGUUCGAGGGGGUGUCGACGGUGGUUGACGUGGGUGGUGGGAAAGGUGACGCGCUGGGGGUUUUGGUGAAGGAGUUUCCAUGGAUCAAAGGCUUCAACUUUGAUCUUCCUCAUGUCGUUGAAACUGCACAAAAGUUGGACAGGGUUGAAAGCGUUGGAGGCGAUAUGUUUAAGCACGUUCCAAACGCCGAUUUAGUUUUUCUAAAGUGGAUUUUACACGACUGGGGUGAUGAAGAAUGCAUAAAAUUACUGAGGAAAUGCAAAGACGCAGUCCCUAAAGGGAAAGGGAAAGUGAUGAUAGUGGAAUCUGUGUUGGGGAAGAAGAAAGACGACAAGUUAGAGUACGUGAGGCUGAUGAUUGAUAUCGGGAUGAUGGUUUAUACGAGCAAAGGCAAAGAGCGAACAUUGAAGGAGUGGGAUUAUGUUAUUACAGAAGCUGGAUUCGCCCGUUACGAAAUCAGGGACAUAAACGAUGUUCAAUCUGUCAUCAUCGCUCAUGUGUCUUAGCAUGAAGACGUGGAGAGAGGAGGUUACAUGCACAUCGUUUACGUGUCUUCGAAAUGAAAAAGUCAAAAAGUCAAAGUUGGUCAUUUUCAUAAAUUAAGAUAAAAUGCGUUAAUUAUGCUUUGAAAAACCGGCUUUUUCUGAUAUUAUAUU